AUGUUAAAUUUAAUUGUCACAGAUGGUCUAGAAGACAAAAAUAAUAGGCUAUUAAGUGACUUAAUUGACCUAGUCAAGAGUUUUGUCACUUUUGGUAGACGCAGUAAUAAUUUUAUGGAUGCCUUGCGAGCUGAACAGCAGAAGGAUAAUGUACCAGAAGGCGGCGUUGCACUAUUCAUUCAGUCAGUUCCAACACGGUGGAAUUCUACAUUUGACAUGUUAAGUAGAUUCAUCAAUUUAUACCCAUAUGUAGCAAGAGUCCUUGCCAAUCCAAAUUUAAAGCUAAAAAAUGCUCCUCGAAUGUUGUCAGGCGACGAAAUCGAUUUACUCUCAGAAAUUGUUGAAAUUUUAAAGCCAUUUAAACAAGCAACCACAGAAAUAUCUGGUAGCGACUACUUAACUGGGAGUUUGGUCUUACCAAUGAUAAGCUGCAUUGAGUCAGCAUUGAGUACUAUUAAACCUACUAGCGAAAUGUCGAAAAUAUUAUUAAAAAAGUUGGAAGAUUCUUUAGGAAUUCGUUGUGCACCCACCCAGACAAACCCGCUUUUGUGCAAUGCGGUACUUUGUGACCCCAGAUUUAAAAGGCUUUAUAUGAAACCUGUUGUGGCAAGUCAGGCAGUCAUGCAAAUUAAAGAAGAAAUCAAAAAGGAGCAGAAAGAAUUAGGGAAUUGCUCUCCGCCUACACCAAGUUCAUCUCCAAGAAGACAGGAAGACCCUAUGUCAUUAUGGAGCAUGCACGACAAAUCGCUUGAAAAAUCUGGAAUGGCAUCUACAGAGGUUGAAAGUUACUUUCCUAGCGAACUAAAGUUAUAUCUGCAACAACCAGUAUUGCACAGGAUGCAGGAUCCAAUCCAGUUUUGGCACCAGAGUAAAACGCUGAUGACAGCAUUAUCAUCUAUUGCAAUGAAAUAUUUAACCGUCGUGGGAAGCUCGGUUGCCUCCGAAAGAUUGGUUUCGACAUUAAAUUCCAUCGUCAAAGACGACAGAAGCCGCCUAACUGACAGACAUGUGACAGAGAGGGUGUUUAUGUACCGGUGUUCCAAAUCGUUUUGGGUAGACUAA